AUGUCGUUUCAUCCCAAGCCCGACGUCCCGGACGCGCUGGAGAGAGUCUCGCGAUGCGAUAUCCUGAUCGCCCCCGCGCCUGGGACGUGCGGGAACGUGGGUCAGCUCGCGUGCGAUGUCUUGGCGCUCAACCUGAAUCUUUCGCGCGUCGGCGUCCUCGACUUCGAACACUUGAUCCCGGUGUGUGGCCGCGAUGCGCUGUACGAUGACGUCGGGGAUGGUGACGUCGCGGGCGCUUUGGCGUGCGCGUGCGAGGUGUACGUCGGAGAAGUGGACUUCGCGGCGGACGCGAAGGCGCGGGAAACGCGAACCGUCGUCGUCGCGCAGAUCCGCAGCGACGCCAACAUCGGUGCGCGACGAUUAUUUUGCGAAGAGUACGUCAACUUUUUGACGACAUUUACUCAUCCCGAGCGCGUGGUGCUGCUGUCGAGCUUACCGUCGACGUACGGCGCGAGCGCGGCGCAAAUCGGCGGGACGAAGUGGCGGCGGUUCGGCGGCGACGAUGACUUCAAGUCCAUGUGCGCCGCGAACGAAUUGAUCGAGCUCGAAAAAAAUGUGUAUCCACCUUCCGAAGAGAUCGCGGAGUCCGUGGACCCGCACUGGGCGCUCGUGGAUACGAUAGGAACGAACACGCGCGUGGGGUGCGUCGUGGCGGUGUGCAGCGAGGGCGACAACAGCGUCGACGGCGCGGGGAUGGCGCUUGCGGCGGCGCGCGCGUGUGGGAUAGAUGUAGGUACAGAACCGAAGGCGCCGAUUCCUGGAGCGACGUACAUCGGGCCGUGGCGCGUGCCGCGAUCUUGGGAAGGCGCGUUCGGGUUGCGAGAAGUUAGCCGCGACAUGUUCUCGUAG